AGGACUGAAAUGAACACAUCACAUAGGACUUAUAAACAAUGAACACUACUGACUUCUUAUACAACAAGCUCAUCAGACUGCUGAAAGGAAUCGUCAUACUGUACAUGACCUCCCAGUUUAACCAUUACUGUACGGUGUGUGCCCAGAUCCCUAUACCAAAAACACAGAACGAGUGGAACAACCAACUUACCACCAACCUCAGAGACCUGAACUGCAACAAGAGAUUCUCCAGGGACACCGAAUGCUCGAGCUCAAAGAAAAACAGAGGUCGAGGAAGGAAUAGAAAGAGGAACUCAGGAGCUGAUGCCUCAUCAUCAUCAGAACAAAAGAAACAAAAGAGGUGCCGAUGCAAGAAGAACAAGAGGCCCAGGGACAACAGGGCCGAGCGAGCCAUGUUAGAUGACCACAGAUCCCCAGCAGCCCUUACUUUCGACUUCCCCCCUCCACGACCUAGACUGAAGAUCUGCAGAGACGCAAGAUGUCUUACUUUUACCAACGGGCGAAAAUCAUUCAACGCUCCCGAAUACCUAAUAGUCUCCCAUUCUAAUUAUAUCGAAGUAUUGGAAGGAGCUUGGGAGUUAUGCGGAGAAUUCCAGAAAUCCAUAUCCUGUGUGAUAAUGAGUGACACCAACUACUUAGACAUAUUUGAUGACGAGAGCGUAAGGGUGACCACCUUCAGAAAACUAGAGAUACCAGAUAGAAUCCCGGAAUCUCCUGACACCGACUCACAUGAAGAUUUUCCACGAGACGUUGCGUAUGAGAUGGAAGCAAUGAGUAACGAGCUAUCGGGAUUAGCCGAUAACAUUAAUAAAAUGGAGGAUGUCUUAGAUAAAUCUAAUGAAUUAUUAAUGCUAGACAGACACGAGAGGCCCAAGAUGAGGAGGAAGUUCAUGAGAGUUUUAGAUACUCUUGGAGACAGCUAGUGGAGAUUACAUACCUCGUGCUAAUCCUCACGAACACUAACUUAUUCGAAAGAAUAGAGCUGAGAGCUGAAAAAUCUAGAUGCGAAGGAAACCCUCAUAACCAAGACCGCACUUGAGGACCUCUUCCCGCAAAAACAAACUUCCCCUGAAGAAGAAAAAGAGGAGGAAGACGACUAGGACUGAUUCUCACGAUAUGAGACAGUAGAUUCAGAUAGUAUAACUCUACUACAAUACUGGGCUGCAGGGGUGUUCCCCGCAAUGGUACGAUGUAUACACACCACAGCUGGCCGACCGAUGAAGGAUACAGCAGUAGUGGCUUGCUACACCGAACAAUUCAAGUUCUACAGCUGAAAAUAAGUAAAAACAUUCCGGCGUUAGUUGUGCGUAAAUAUAUUUAGGUUAUUUAAUUAUUUAUGUUGCGAAUAUCCGGUGGCCCAGAACACUCGAGGAGAAAGAGGUCCAAUGAAACUAGAAACUUUCUAGGACGAUGUUGAUUUUUAACUGUAAAUAGUAUGAUGCCUGAACAGCCGAAAUGCAUUAAAGGUAUUUUGGCAUGAUAAUAUUGCUUUGCUGUGUCAGAAUUUAAAUAAUUUAAUGAUGCUUUGCGUUUUUUUAA